AUGCCGAUGAAAUUGUCAGACAGUUCUGCAAUAUACAAUAGACUCAGACUAGAAAUAGAAUCAAUUUAAAACACAGAUGACUAAUUAUUUGAAAACAUGAUUAAAUUUCUAGAAACGCAAUUCCAAAAACCCAAUUUUAAUCAGUAUAUUGAGUGGUUAAUAACACAACCAAUCAAUAAUGAGUAUUAAUUUAUCCUAAUGCUUCAAUUUUAUUCUGGUAUGAUAGUCAACAAUAAAGAGAUUUAUGAUGAAUUCAAGAAAUAAAAGCAUUAAUUUAACACUAUUUUAAUUUAAGUUAUGGAGUAUUGCAUCAACAAGAAGAAAUUACCAUAAUUAAAAUCUGAUAAAAUUGAUUAAUUAAGAGAGUAUUUAAAUAGUGAUAACCACUCCUUAAAACCAUAUGCCCUACUAUUCCUAUCCUAAUAUGAUACAUCCAUUACAAACUUUCCUGAUGCUACUUGUCACCCUGAAAUCCUCUUGCAAGUCCUCCAAUAUUCAGAGUUAAAUGAUCAUCAAUUAUAAUUCGUCAUCUCCCAAAUUUACCAAGGUAUAAAUCAAUGGCAUCUCUACUAUCUUGCCCAACUCUUUGUACAACUUAAUAAAUUCAAGCCUUCCCCACUGUUUCUUGAUCUGAUAUAGAAGGUGUACGUCGAACGAGUUCUGGAUUAAGAAGGGAAUUACUAAUUCGACUUUAGAAUCUUAAAGAAUUUCAUCCAAGUGGCUCAAAAAAAUCAAGCUUUUAAGGAUUACAAAAUUUAUAUGCAACUGCUCAAAAGAGUUGUAGAAAUGUCCAAAGAAACCAACUUCAAUGAAAAGACACUAGAAAACAUCAUACGAACAGUGUAUUUUUCAUUGAGAGAACUUUGCAUUGAAAAUGAAAUAAUCUUUGAUGAGAUAUCCUAAUACAUUAUAAGUGAAGAACUUAUUGAAUUAAAGAAGUUCCUAGAGGAAUGGUUAUCAAACUCUAUCAUUUUAGAAUCACUCUCCAUUGUUAAUCUAUUCAAACUUAAUAUCCCAGAAGGAUUUUGCGAAAAAUAUAUGACAACUAUGCAUAUUCAAGAGAAACAUCUCAGAGCCAUUAUUAGAUUAGUGAAUUAAAGCAAUUAAUUCUAGUUAAAUGAAAGAACAUGUGACAUAUUAGUCAGUUUGAUUAAUAAAUUCAAAGUGGAUUACUUAAAAUACUUAUAACCAAACAAUCUACAAAUUUAUCCUCGUAAUUUGAUAAGAUAAGUAGUUAAAGCUGUUAUUUCUAAUUCUAAUGAUGAAUCCAUUAUUGAAUUCAUUCAUAAAAAUGUGUAGCAUCUGUAAAAUAACAAAUCUACUUGUGAGGAAAUAGGACUUGAUUUCUAAUUUAUUGGACCAUAUAUCAAAUUUCAAAUUGAAGCAGAAUUUACAGCCAAAGUUGAUUUUGACUAAUUGUCCAAAUGGUUAUAGAUAUACAACUACUUAGCUACAAUCGAUGAUGAAAUUAUAACCAAAGUAAAACAGAGUUUACCAAAGUUUACACCAUCUCAAAUUUCUAGUUUAUUAUCGUAAUGUGAUCAAUUGCGAGAUAAACUUAAGGAUUUCGAUAAAAUACAUGAAUUAAAAGGUCAAAAUAAUUUUAUUGAUGUAUAUUUAAAUCAUAAAGGUAAUCUUCCUAAAUCUAUCUAAACAAUCGAUGAUAUUUUAUUGGCUAACUCAAAGUGUCUAGAUAUGAACUAUUUUAAAUCAAAAAAAAUUAAGUCGGAACUUUUAAGAAAGCUAUAAGAAACAAAUGAAAUACCUAAUGGUAGAUAAGCUUAUGAAUUAUUAUUGGGGUGGAGAGCCUCUGAUUUUAGCAUCGAUACUUUUGAAUCAUUAAUUAAAAUUGUCAAGGAUUAAAUAAUGGAUUAUGAUUUUCAUCACACUCACAAAUUGAUUUCCAAGUUGGUUUAAUAAUAUCAUUUACAUCCGGCAGUGUUAUUUAAUGCAUAUAAAAAAUUACAAAAUGUCUUGUCGAGUAAUCUGAAAGAUGCCAAGGAUAAGGUUAGUAUUAUUAAAUUAGCUAUCAUAUUAAAGCGAAUUUAUCCUACUUUGACAAUUCAGUUGACAACAUAAGAAGAUGAAGAAUGCUAAUUUGUGAAUUAGAUAAUUGAAAACAUCUACUUUAAUAAAGGGAAUGUAAUCACAGAAAUCAAACCUUUUAUGCAGCCCUACAACUAGUUUUAUCCUUAUGUUUGCUAGAAUUUGAAAGACUUCACCAAAGGGUUUGCGACAUUCCAAGAUAAAUUGAAUGUUGCUAUUCCGGCCUAUGUAUAGGGAGUGAACCUCAAGGUUAACACUUAGGAAUUAGUGAAGGAAUUGGAGAAGCCGUCGAUUAGUGCAUUGUAGUAAUUGAAACUUGCAUGUUUGACAGCUGGUGUAGAGAAGAAUGAGUUUCUGAAAAGGCAAUUAAGAUGGAAUUUUUCUCAUAUUGAUCCUAGCACCAAUUAUCUCUUUUAGGACGAUCUAGUCAUCUGCUUUGACGUGAUGAACAAACUGUUUCCGAAUGAGGAGAUAGGGAAGAAAUUAGAAUUACUGGUCAUCAAUGCGCAUGAGUCCUUUUAUGAACCCACUUUGAUAUAUUUAUUUACAGAGCAUUUAUUAACUAGAAGAAGCAUUUCCAUAAUGGAAGACUGGAUAAUAAAAUGGAAAACUUGA